AAUUAACUAAUCAAAAAAGUUUAAGUUUACAGCAAUUACAAAAUUCUUUCAAUUCGUCUGCUACUUCCCAAGCAGGGGCUAAAAAAUUAUUAGUAAUUCGUUGUUUGGGAGGAUCUAAUCGGCGCUAUAGUCGCAUUGGUGAUUUAGUGAUUGCUACCGUGAAAAAAGCAGAGCCUAAUUCUAAUAUUAAAAAAGGUCAGGUAGUAAUGGCGCUAAUCGUUACUACACGAAAGUAUUUUCAUCGUCAUAAUAAUUCUUGGGUAAAGUUUAGUAAAAAUUACGCGGUAUUGGUAAAGAAAGAAGACAAGGAACCGGUUGCACCUGAGUUAAAAAGUGGUGAUAUGGUAAGAAUUAUCACUGGAAAGUAUCGAGGAACAAUUGAUUAUAUUUCUAGGAUUGACCCUAAAAAUCAAAUAGUUUAUUUAAAAAAAGCGAAUAAGAAAAAGUAUGAUAAAUCAACUCCUGAGAAUAAGAAAAAGAGUGAAUUAAAGGAAAUUAUGGUACCUAUUCAUGUUUCUAACGUUGCUUAUUGA